CGUGCUCAGUGGUCAGAGGAGGACUUUCCGCGUCGCUCCUGGUGGUGUGCGCGCUCGAAGGAGAAGGCUCAAAGAUCGGUGCCAAAAACAGCAGGAAGACAUGAGCGGAGUCUUGGUGCAGAGGGAGGAAGAUGUAGCUCAAGAUGAGGGCCGCUCCUCUCCCCAGUGGUUGGAGGAGCGCUGCGAGGAGCUGUGGGAUCGGGUGGAGGGCGUUCGGCACAAACUCACCCGCAUCCUCAACCCCGCCAAGCUCACCCCGUUCCUGCGGCAGUGCAAGGUCAUCGACGAGCAGGAUGAAGACGAGGUGCUGAACUCCACGCAGUACCCGCUGCGCAUCAGCAAGGCCGGCCGCUUGCUGGACAUUCUCAGAGGUCAAGGCCAGCGAGGCCUUCAGGCCUUCAUGGAGUCGCUGGAGUUUUACCAUCCGGACCAGUACACACAGCUGACCGGACAGAAGCCCACCCAGAGAUGCUCCCUAAUUUUGGACGAAGAGGGUCCAGAAGGUUUGACCCAGUUUCUGCUGCUGGAGGUGCGGAAGCUGAGGGAGCAGCUCCGAAGCAGCCGCUUGUGCGAGCGCCGCCUGUCUCAGCGAUGUCGGGUGGCCGAGGAGGAGCGAAGCAGAGCAGAGCGUAAAGCUCACGGGUUGCGUCACGACAAACUGCAGCUUGAAAGGCUGCGACAGGACUGGGAGUCUGCCAGCAGGGAGCUGGGAAAGCUGAAGGACAGACACCUGGACCAGGCGGUGAAGUACUCCAGAGCUCUGGAGGAGCAGCACAGAGCCUCGACCCGAGAGAGGGAACUGCUCAUCCAGAUAGAGGAUCUUAAAUCCAGGCUGAAAGACUCAGAGAAACAGUCACUUGAAACUCCUGAUGGAAGCAAAUCAUCGUAUGUGAUUUCUAAUGGAAGUGAUGGCUCUCCGCCUACUCUUCCUAAGAAGCCGCUGCAAAACUUGGAGGCUCAGAAAACAAGCCCAGCUCCCACCACUGGAGUCAUUGCCUUGAUGGAUAUCCUGCAGCAGGACCGCGUGGAAGCUGCCGAACAGAGGCAGGAGCUCUGCGAUUUGAUCACCAAACUGCAGGAGGAGCUGCAGGGUGCAGACGAGCUCAGGGGCAAGUUGCAGUCUCAGUGUGAGCAGCUGCAGCUGAAGGUGAGGACGCUCCAGCUGGACUGGGAGACCGAGCAGAAGAGGAGCGAGUCCUACUUCAACCAAAUCAUGGAACUGGAGAAGGAGAGGGAUCAGGCUCUGCGGAGCCGCGACAGCCUACAGCUGGAGUACACCGACUGUCUGCUGGACAAGAACCACCUUCGGAAACGCAUCGCCGAGCUGCAGGCCAGCCUGGAGCAGCAGCAGAGGGAGCUGGAACGAGAGCGGGAGCGGUGGCGGGAGCAGAUGGAGCAGAGCGCUAGCCUUCACUGCUCCCAUUUGUCUCUGUGCAGUGAGGAGCAGUGCUUUGGCCUCUGCUGCACGCCUGACCUGGAUCUGAGCCCCAACCAAUCAAUACCAAAAAAGGUGCGAUCAAAAGACCAAACACAUGAAACUUCCUGGGGUUCCUGUUCGAACUCAGAGGAGAAUCUGCUGCUAUUGACACGAGACGAUGAAAAGGAAAUAAACCGGUUGUCGACAUUCGCAUUUCCUCCAUGUGUGAACUCCAUUAACCGAAGGGUUAACACAGAGUUCGACUUAGACUCCUGGGGCAGUGAUGAGAAUGAGAACAUUGGAAUGUUUUCAGGUGAGCAGAUUGAGCCUUCUCUUUCUGAUUCCUGGACCUCCCUACAUUCUCACCUCUUCCCCCCGGACCUCGUCAACCUGCCCAGCAUUUCCAAACAUCAGCCCAUUCCCAACGUUUCUAGCCCCACUACUACAUCCCUGGAGCUCGCAAAAGCCAGUCUAGCUGAGGACAUUGUGAUCGUCGGCGGAAACCGAACGGGGAUCUUUGUCAGCCAGGUCAAAUCCGGCUCUGCUGCAGAACAGUGUGGCCUGAAGGAGGGCAGUGAGCUGCUGGAGCUGGAGCGAGUUCUGUUUGGUGGUGGAAGUGUGCAGCUGAGUCAGUGCACCGCAGAGGUGGCCCACUUUUCCCUGCAGUGGUGGAACGAGCCGUCAGCGCUCAAAUAUCAGAGCAACCCAGAUGGAUAUUCCAGACUUUGCUCGGAGCUGUCAUCGCCCUCCUUCACGGGUGCGGAUUCUUUCUACGUGCGCGUCAACCUCAACAUUGAGCCACACGGAGAUCCGCCCUCGCUAAGCAUCGCCUGCGAUGACAUCGUGCACGUCACAGACUCAAAGUACAACGAGAAGUACCACUGGCGCUGUUCUGUGGUGGACCGGGUCAGCGCCAAACCUCUGCAGGCAGGAACCAUGCCAAACUAUAACAGGGCGCAGCAGUUAUUACUCGUACAAUUACGAAAAAUGUCUGUGGAGCAAAAAGACAUGAAGAAGAAGAUGUUCUUAAAGAAACCUUUAGGACGAGUACGCUUGGUGAAAGCAGUGGAUCCAAAUUUCCGUGGGACUAGUUCCUCUCAGCAGAUCGUUUACACUCUGAGCAGACGUCAUGAGGAGCAUUUGAUCCCAUACAGUUUGGUGCGUCCAAUAAAGGUUGAGACCAAGAGGCCCGUCAUCUUUGCCCCCUCGCUACUUUCCCGUGGUUUGAUUGAGAGGCUUUUGCAGCCGGCAGAGUCGGGUUUGAGGUUCAGCGCUUGUCAACCAGAACCCAUUCAGGCUUCAGACAGACAAAACAAGAUGGUAUUUGUGUUGGAUUCCUCCAAUCCAGAGCAAGCUCAGGGCAUACGGCUGCAGUCCAUACUUGAUGUCGUCAGCCAGGAGAGGCACUGUCUGCUAGAGCUGGGACUGUCCAGCAUUGAGAGUCUGCUGAGACAGGACAUAUAUCCCAUCGUCAUCUACAUUCGCCCCAAAAACAAAAAGCACAAGAAGCUCAGGAAGUUCUUUACCCGCUGUGGGGAGGACAGCUUCAUGGAGGAUCUGUGUCAGGCUGAAGAGCUGCAGCUGGAGACUUUGCCACUGCUUUACCAUACGGUAGAGCCAAACUCCUGGAGCUGCACUGAGGAGCUGCUGGAAACCUUACGCAAUGCCAUCCAGAGCCAGCAGAGGGCAGUAGCAUGGGUUGAACUUGAUAAACUGCAAUAAAUCAUGGAUGAACAGGAUCAUAGUUAUUGAUCUAAUCCAACAGCUACUGGGCAUUCAUGGGUACUUUCUAUUCUUGGCUUUCUCUCAUGCAUGAAUUUUUUGGUUCUCAUUUUUGUGUGUUUUUAUCAACAAUCUUUUUUAUUUACACUAUGAAAAAUGUGAUAAGGUUGAAAUGUACAGAGCUGGUUUUCUACAACAGCAGAUGUCAAGAAAGACCAACCUGUUUAAAACUGUGUUACUUUUUCUACUCAAAGACUUAAACAUAAAUCAUGUCAUUUGAGAUUAAGCUUCUAUCGGAGUUUGAGAAAGUGCUGUAAAUACAGGACAUUAUCACUGUCAAAAAACUAGAUAAACUUAUUUUUAGUUUUCUAAAUAAUCUUUAAAAAAAAAGACGAUAUGUUUUUUAUUUAUCAGGAUUUUCUUUUGUAUAAAUGAUUUCUGGCAAAAGAUGAAUCUCUUUGGUUUAAUGCUCAUUAUAGUGCAACAAGGUUUUAUGGCUCAAAAACUUUUUUUUAAUAAAGUCAGAUCAAAAAAUAUAACGAAACAAUCAUUUUUUAAUGCAUUUUAUAAUCAAUUGCUUUAUGUUGUUAUUUUUGCUUUAAAUGGACUUGUAUUUCCAAAGAAUUUCCGUCAUCUGGAGUUCUCAACGUCCUCUAGAAAAAAAUGUCACAAAGCUCAACGAUCCCUGUGCAGGAGGGAAGCAGAACAGCCACUGCUGAUAGCAGAGGUCCCCAAAUCCAGGCCUCGAGGGUUGGUGUCCUACAUGUUUUCCAACCAACCUGCCAUUGAAGCUCCUUAUUGGCUAAACACACCUGAUCGAGGUAAUCAGCAGAAAAUAAGGCAGAUUUUCUGGAAAAUCAGCAGGACACCGGCCCUUGAGACCUGGAUUUGGGGACCCCCGGCCAAUAGCAAUUUCAGGUUAUGACCUUCAAACCAUGUUUUAAUGUAAAUAAAAACACUAAAUGAAGGCACUGAUUUCAAAAAACACGAAUGGGUCAUGAGGUCUUUUCAGCAGAGGCGUCUGGAGUUUUGAAGUUGAGCCAUUGCCUCUCAUUCUGAAUGAAAGCAUCGGUUGUCUGGUGAUAGAGAAUAAGAAACAGCUGCUUUCCCUUCAGUGUGUUACUGUCAGGACAUGAAAGCUGUAAAAAAAAACUUUGGAGCUAAUUUACUAAAACGCCUUUAAAGAGCAUAACAUUCUGUAUGCAGGCUGCUUCAUUAAGAUUUAAGGGUGAUAAACUGAGAAUCUUUGUUCAGAUAACAGCAAAAAGCAGAGUUCAAAUGAUGGUUUACGUUUUCACUUUGGUUUCAACAAGCAGAGAAGGAAACCUGCAUGAUUCAAUUCAACCAUAGGAAGAGAUGUUGGUGGAAUCACAAAAUAUGUAUAUAUAUAUACAUUCGGAAAAACAAGAACACCAGAUAUGGUAAAGAGUAGCAUUGAAAGAUUAUAUUUUAGGCACUCAAAAUGUGAUUUUUCAUUGCCAAAUGUGAUGUAAUGUUUGUCUUUCAGUGCUAGGAGGCACAGAGUAUGUUACAUCCAGUUAUUGUUAGUGAUAGUAACUGUCAAGUGAGCCAUUUGCUAAAGAAAGCUGUUGAAUUUCUUUUCUUGUAAAUAAAAAAGCCAAGAGACUAAAGAGACUAUCAGACUAUCCGUGUCAAAAUAAAGGUUUGUAAAUAUA